AGACAACAUGGGUUCUUCCAAUGAGAGGCCAGCGAGGCAGAGAAAAUCUUGGGGUUGUGGGGGCCUGAAGGACUCUGGAUUCAAAUUCCGAUCCUGAACCCCGAGCAGCCCAGGCGGUUUAGGCUCCACUGGAAUUCCGCAGACCCACAUCAGAGCGCGGCCUUUGUUGGAGACUGCUAACUGUCCCUGCUGGAAUUUGUGUCUCGAGUACCCGGGAGUUUCUGAUACCCUCCGCCACGCUUGAACUUAGCACCCAGUUCAGACUGUCAGGUAGAAUCAGAGGACCUCGACCAACCCAGAAGGGGACGCCCCCUCGUUGCUCCAUCCGUUACCCGCUGGAGGAAGAGGAUCGGCUCUCACCCUAAGGCCCUCCGGCCUCGUAAGAACCGCAAGUCCUCGAAGUCCCUUGGCGCGGGCAGUUCUGCCUGCUGUUUGACCUCAGGCGCCAGUGUCUUACCUGCGCAGCGGAUCGGGUGGGCUUUGCCCAGAGGCUGGGUACUGGCCGCAGAGGACGGUGGCGGGAAGGAACCGCGGGGAACCCGGGGGGCGGGACGCCGGGACGGACGGGGCGGCUCGGACUGGGGUGCCGCCCCUGCGCUCCGCGCACACCCGGAAGCAGCGCGAGUCCAGUGGAAGCCGGCGGGCGUGGGAAUCCAGGCCGGGCCCAGGCGGCCAGGAGGCAAGAUGGCAGCUGGGCCAAAUGGGCUUGAGGAGUGGGUGGGCAGUGCAUACCUGUUUGUGGAGUCCUCGCUGGACAAAGUGGUCUUGUCCGAUGCCUACGCUCACCAGCAGCAGAAAGUGGGAAUGUACAGGGCUCUCCGGACUGCCCUGGCAGAGAGUGGCGGGAGCCCCGACGUGCUGCAGAUGCUCAAGAUCCACCGCAGUGAUCCGCAGUUGAUCGUGCAACUGCGUUUCAGCGGGCGCCUGGUGUGCAGCCGCUUCCUCCGCGCCUACCGCGAGGGGGCGCUGCGAGCCACGCUGCAAGGGUGCCUGGCUCAGGCACUGGCCCUGAACUCGGUGCCGUUACAACUGGAGCUGCGCGCUGGCGCCGAGCAGCUGGAUGCCUUGCUGACCGACGAGGAGCGCUGUUUGAACUGCAUAUGCGCCCAGAAGCCUGACCGGCUCCGGGAUGAGGAACUCACCGAGUUGGAGGAUGCGCUCAGGAAUCUGACGUGCGGCUCGGCGGCGGGCCAAGGGAGCGAUGUGCAAGGCACUCCAGCCCCCUCGCAGUCUCUGGCACCUUCUCUGCCGGAGGAGAAACCGCCACCACCGCCGCCUGGCCCGACUUUUUUGUUCCAGGGUCAGCCCAUAGUGAACCGGCCGCUGAACCUGCAGGAUCAACAGAAGUUCGCCCGCUCCGUGGGCCUCAAGUGGCGCAAGGUGGGGCGCUCUCUGCAGCGCAGCUGCCGCGCGCUGCGGGACCCGGCGCUGGACUCACUGGCCUAUGAAUACGAGCGCGAAGGGCUGUACGAGCAGGCCUUCCAGCUGCUGCGGCGCUUUGUGCAGGCCGAGGGCCGCCGCGCCACGCUGCAGCGCCUGGUGGAGGCUCUCGAGGAGAACGAGCUCACCAGCCUGGCGGAGGACUUGCUGGGCCUGGCGAAUCCUGAGGGCAGCCUGGUCUAGGCCAAGUACCAGAGAAAGGGGAGGUCGGUCAGUUGCCCAGUCAGGGUUUGGAGAACCUGGAUGACCGUAGGGUCCCUCCUGCUGCUACUGCUGACCUCUUGUCCACCAUGCGACUCUGAGACCACACUUAGCAACCCCACUUAGCUGAGCUGCUGGAGCUGCUGCGCAGAGAUGAUGGCGGCCCUCUCCAGGAGCCAGACAAGCACCCACCAUGUCUGGGGGGUGCCACUGGGCGUUGUGUUCUAGAUACUAGGAUAGAGCAGAGUGAGUGGGUCUCUAUCCUAGUAUCUCGAACAGGCGUGCUGCAAGGUCUGCUUCACCUUCUUCCACCCUAGACAAAGGGCUUUCAGCCAGACUUUACCUCUUCACUCAUUAUUAUUCAUUCAGGACCUGCUGUAUCCUAGGCAUCAUCCUGGGUGCUGCAAAUACUGUGGUGAACAAAACACACAAUUCUUGUCUGUCGUUAGUUCACACUCAGUGUGCAACUCUGAAUAUAAAGUAAUAAAA